GCGCUUCGUUAACCAAAUUGUGUUCCCGGCCGGCUAUUUGCGUGCCCCGUACUUUGAUCGCAAAUACGAUGCUGCCCAGAACUUUGGUGGCAUCGGGGUGGUUAUUGGUCACGAAAUUACCCAUGGUUUCGACCACCGCAACCGUGAUUAUGAUGGCGACGGCAACUUGAACUCGUGGUGGUCGAACGCCACCAACAUUACGUUCAAGACGAAGGCUCAGUGCCUUAGCGACCAAUACGCCAAUUUUGUCGUGAAGAGCGACCUAACUGGCGCUGUGUUGGGCAACAUCAGCGGCCAGCGGUCUUUGGGUGAAGCCAUUGCCGACAACGGGGGGCUCAAGACCAGUUUCCGUGCGUACCACGAGUACUUGAAGAAGUUCCCGUCGCAGUACACGGAAGAAACUGGCGACAAGUUGUUCUACUUGUCGUUCGCUCAAGUCAGGUGCUCCAAGAACACGGAUAGCUACCUGCGCGGGUCUUUGGGGUGGAAGCACCCGCCCGAUCGGUUCCGCGUGACGGGGGCGUUGCAAAACAACGCUGAGUUUGCCCGAGUGUUUAAUUGCCCUAUCGGCUCGAAAUUGAACCCGUCCAAGAAGUGCUUGUUGUGGGAAUAGGGUUGAUGGAUACGAAAAUAUGAGCGUUGUGUAUUCGUAAGGAUAAAC